AGUCAAAAUCUGAGAGAGCCGAAUACUCUCUUCCCCAAACUAUCUCCGCCUCUUCCUCCUCCGCCUCCGGUGAUCCGGUCUCGCUAUCUCUCUUCCGCAUCUCGGGACGCGAUGGCGGCGCUGCUGGGCCGGAGGUUCGGGAUGGCGGCGGCGGCGCUCAUCGCCCUCGCGGCGCUCGGAUCCGCCGCCUCGGGGACGGCGUCCAAGUCGUCCUUCGUGAAAUCCACCGUCAAAGCCCACGACGUCGUCAUAUUCUCCAAGUCAUACUGCCCGUACUGUAGAAGAGCCAAAGCUGUGUUCAAGGAACUUGAACUGAAGAAGGAGCCGUAUGUUGUGGAGCUUGAUCAACGAGAGGAUGGUUGGGAGAUUCAGGAUGCCUUAUCUGACAUGGUUGGCAGGCGAACUGUUCCUCAAGUUUUUGUCCAUGGGAAGCACCUGGGUGGCUCUGAUGAUACUGUUGAAGCAUAUGAGAGUGGCAAGCUAGCCAAACUUUUGAACAUUGAUGUCAAAGAAGAUCUUUGAGUAGUAAUAGUUUAGCAUCAAUGGCAGGCCUCUUUCAUUUCCAUAGAACAUACCCAAAUACUAUGCAACUAUGAAUUCUUCAUAGAAUUUGGCUGUGAAUGUACCUCUUUAGACCCCUUUAAACUGUACUCUAUGACAAACCGACAAUACCUCCGUUACCUCACAUUUGUUAUUUGCAUAGGCCAUCGUAAUUGAUUGCAUCGCAAUCAGCAUUCUUCCA